AUGCCCGACUGGCUUCCCUCCAUCCCCUAUCCGAGCCCGCAAGAUGGCUUCUGGAGCCCGGACUACUACGCAACCGUCUACGCCGCCGAGAUCAUCAACACGCUGACCAACCUGCUCUUCAUCUACCUGGCCUUCAAGGGCAUCAACAACUGCCUGCGCAACGACCAUGACGGCAUCUUCCUCGUCACCUUUGUCGGCUACCUCAUCGUCGGCACGGGCAGCUUCCUCUUCCACAGCACCCUCAAGUACCCCAUGCAGCUGGUCGACGAGCUGUCCAUGAUCUACACGACCUGCCUCAUGUUCUACGCCACCUUCUCCUACGGCCGCUCGCGCGCCUACGCCCAGGCCCUCGGCGUCUUCCUCGUCGCCCUCGCCGCCUUCAUCACCGGCUACUACCACUACCUGCAGGACCCCGUCUUCCACCAGAACAUGUACGCCCUGCUCACCGCCAUCGUCCUGCUGCGCAGCAUGUACAUCAUGGAGGUGCGCCUGCGCCCCAAGCUCAAGGGAAAGGAGAAGGCGGCGGGGAAGGCGGCGACCGCGACGAACGGCAGUGCCAAGGCCUCGUCGCUACCCCCCGCCGAGGAGCAGAAGCGCAGGGAUGCGCGUGACACUGAGAUUCUGCGGUCCAUGUGGAUCAUGAUUGGAUCCGGCCUGAGCAUCUUCCUCGGUGGUUUCGCUAUCUGGACUCUUGACAACGAGUUCUGCGGCACCCUUCGCCGCUGGAGGAGGGACGUCGGCUUGCCGUGGGGCAUCUUCCUGGAAGGCCACGGUUGGUGGCACCUCAUGACCGGUAUUGGUGCCUACUUUUACAUCGUGUGGGGCGUCUGGCUUCGUCACUGCCUGAACGGCAGGCAAGACGAGUACAAGCUUGUCUGGCCGAGCUACUUCCACAUGCCGCUCAUCGUCAAGACGGACAAACCUUACCAGCUUAACGGCAGUGCUAACGGCGGCAAGAAGCACUUGUGA